AUGAAUCAACUCCCAGAUGAGCAACAGUUUUCAAAUGAAGAUAUCAACGAAGAGGAAGAAGAAAGCGGAUACGAAGAUCUUUCAGCUGACGAAGAAAUCCCUGAAGUCGAAAAAGUUUCUCAAGCCCAGGAACUUUUGAAAGGCAACAACUACAAUAUUAUCUGCAAUCUAUCCGAGAAUGAUGAUUCCAACUGCUUUUAUGCUAUCAAUAUGGACACUCAUGCUAAAUGCGCCAUUAAAUUUAUGCCAAAGCGCAGAUCAAUAUCUAUUCGUAACAAACGCCAAGUAUCAAUAUUUUCCACCAUUAGCCAUACCAAUAUUAUCAAAAUCAGUCAAUAUAUUCAAGCCGCAAAAUAUUAUAUUUAUGUCACACCAUAUUACAACCUUGGCGAUCUCUAUUUCGCUUUGCUCGAGAGAGAAAUGAAAUUUACCAUCCAGCAAGUUGCCAAAAUGAUGUGGGGAUUGAUAGAUUUACUCAAUUAUCUUCACAAUCGCAACAUUGUUCAUGGCAACAUCAGCUUGGAAAAUAUCAUUUUGGAAUCUGAGUCCAAAGCCAUCCUUACUGGAUUCAGCCACGCUUCAGAACAGUUUAUCGAAGUAAAUGAUUACAAAAAGACAGUUUUCAUUGCUCCGGAAGUCGAACAGAACAGAAUACUGAAUUUCUCUACAGACAUUUUCGCAUUGGGAACCGCUUUCUACUUCCUUUUGACAAAAUGCAACGUAAAUAUCACUUCCAUCGACAUGGAUGAUGAUAUCUCUCAGAAAUUGUGUCCUUCCGCACGAAACCUACUCUCAGGAAUGCUGAAACCAAACCCAGCCGAAAGAUUUGGCAUGAAUCAGAUAAUUGCUCACGAAUUCUUCAUCGAAUUCCUUCCAGAUGGGUUCAGAAAGUCCCCUCUCUACUUCGAGGUCCUCAACACGACAAAUUAUAUCAUGCAUCUCGUUGAUGAAGGUGUCAAAAGGACAGAAGAAGGUCCUGACGAUGAAUAUUGUUAUAAUUGA